GCAGCUGUCCGGCGGUCAGCAGGAACUGGAUUGGUUGCGAUGGAGUGGACCGUCGUGCUGCUGCUGCUCCCGCUGCUGGGCCCCCCAUGCCGGGCUCAGGUUGCCCCUCCAACGGUGAGCAUCAGCCUGGAUGAGGAGCCAGAGGAGCGAUGGAAACCGCUGCUCAAAGUUUUUGACGUAGCUUACCUGAACAAAGCGGCAGCAGCAAUAAUCGAUUCUACAGUUCCCAAAUGGGUGCAUCAUUUGAUUGUGCCUAUUGUGAAUUCCUUGGAAAAGUACAUUCCUCCUCCUUAUGCCGGGGAGAUCCGAGGACUGGCAUCGCACUUUGGAGGCAACCUUACCGACAUCGUCAUCCUCAACUUUGCCUAUGAAGUUUCAGCCUUUUGCACCAGCAUCAUAACCCAAGACAAAUCUGGAAACAUUUACCACGGCCGGAAUCUGGACUACCCACAUCCUGUUCUGAGGAAUAUGACUCUGAAUGUGAUUUUCAUGAAGAAUGGGAAGAUGGCUUACCAGGGAACUACAUUUGCCGGAUAUGUGGGCUUGUGGACCGGACAAAGUCCUAAGAAAAUCACCAUCUCCGGAGACCAGAGAGGAACGGAGCACUGGUGGAACUGGUGGAAGAACGUGGCGUCUGCUCUCUUGGUCCACGCGUCACCCGUCAGCUGGUUGGUGCGGGAGACCCUGGAGGAAGCAGAAGAUUUCCAGGACGCGGUCAUUCGUCUAUCAAAAACCCCCCUCAUCACAGGGGUGUACUACAUCGUGGGAGGGGUUCGACCAGGGGAAGGGGUCAUAAUCACCAGAGAUCGUAAAGGCCCCGUGGACAUCUGGCCGCUGGAUCCCAUGUAUGACGGAUGGUUCAGAGUUGAGACCAACUUUGACCACUGGCUCCCCCCACCACCUUCUGAUCAUCGCCGGCAAGUAGCAAACGAUGCACUAAAAUCUAUAGGCCAAAAACGCAUCAACUCAUACUCUCUUUAUCAGGUUUUAACGCUGUCUCCAGUGUGUAACAGAGGGACCAUUUACUCGACUGUAAUGAGCGCGAAGUCUGCAGAAAAGUACAUGACAGUUGUCUGGCCAAAGGGGUGUCGUUACACCAACAACACCGACAGUCUCUUAACAGUGCAGGGUGCACAGACUUUUCACUGAUUUUUAUCAAUUCAGUCAUGUGAAAUUGCAGCAUUUAUGGUUAUCAAGAUAAAUCUGGCUUUUUACUGAGAUUUUAAUAGUGAUUUUUUUUUUAAUAAUAUGUUUGCACUUUUUAAAAACUCAAAAUCUGGAAUUGACAGAAAGUUGAUUAAAGGCAUAAAUAGUGUUAAAAUACAUUAUAUACUGCUGUCUAGAUGUUUCUUCUGCUUUUUUAGUUACAAAGAAAUCAUAAAUAAAGACCACAUGUCUUUAGAUAAAAAUACUAAAAUGACAGCUUGCAGUUCUGUAAAGUGUAUUUAUAACAUGAUGCAGGUGUGACCAACUCUAAUGAAAUACUGAAACACUCAAUAAAAGGCUGUUUGAAGGGAAAAAUGUCUUAAUCUGCUUAGCCCUAUGCAUAAAGGUAAUUAAGAAAUAAACAGAUUUAUCACUUUU